AUAUUGGAUCAACUCCCAGCGGAAGAGGAAGACAACUGAAAUGAUUAUGUCUCCUCCUAUUCGUUGUAGGAUAGUUAAAACCAGGGUUAAAAACCAGAUGUCCGUAGCUGUAUGUAUCGGGAUAAACAUUUGAAGUGGUUUAUAAUAUCGGUCAGUGAGAGUACGAAGCGAAGGGUUUCGUCUUUUUGAGGGUUUUAUUUUUAGGACUUGUUGUUAAUAUGACUUCCCUGACACAGCGGAGUUCGGGCCUAGUGCAGAGGCGGACCGAGGCCUCUCGUAGCUCUGCCGCCGACAAGGACCGAGGAACCGGGGAUGAGGACUUCGAGACCCGCCGCCGCGGAGGAGGGGGAGAGGAAGAGGAGGAAGAAGAGGAUAAAGCAGACUCCAAAGAAACUCGACUCACAUUGAUGGAAGAAGUGUUGCUCUUGGGAUUGAAGGACCGCGAGGGCUACACGUCGUUCUGGAACGACUGCAUCUCGUCGGGGCUGCGUGGCUGCAUGCUCAUAGAGCUGGCCAUCAGAGGACGACUACAGCUGGAGACCUGUGGCAUGAGGAGAAAAAGCCUGCUCGCCAGGAAGGUGAUCUGUAAGUCAGAUGCUCCGACGGGAGACGUGCUAUUGGACGAGGCUCUGAAACACGUGAAGGAGACCCAGCCCCCAGAGACGGUGCAGAGCUGGAUUGAGCUGCUCAGCGGCGAGACGUGGAACCCUCUGAAGCUGCACUACCAGCUGAGGAACGUGAGAGAGCGCCUGGCCAAGAACCUGGUGGAAAAGGGCGUGCUGACCACGGAGAAACAGAACUUCCUCCUCUUCGACAUGACCACUCAUCCGCUCACCAACAACAACAUCAAACAACGCCUCAUCAAGCGGGUUCAGGAGGCCGUGUUGGAGAAAUGGGUCAACGACCCGCACCGCAUGGACAAACGGAUGCUCGCCCUCAUCUUCCUGGCCCACUCGUCUGAUGUCCUGGAGAAUGCCUUUUCCCCUCUGCUGGACGACCAGUAUGACCUGGCCAUGAAGAGAGUACGACAGCUCCUGGACCUGGAGCCAGAGGGGGAGAGCACGAAGACCAACGCCAAUGAGUUGUUGUGGGCCGUGGUGGCCGCCUUUACCAAGUGACCUGACCUACCUAUGGUUUGGCGUUGGUUGAUGACGGUGGGGUUGAGGGAGAGGACAGGACAGUUUGGGGAGGGACAACGAGGAGAGGGCUGGUCUGUCUGGCCCGUCAAGGUAGUGACUUGACUGACUUGAGGUCACCUCCCUCUGUCUUUCUGAAGAGACUGGCCUGCUCCAGACCUGUCCCACAGCUUUCUGAAGAGACUGGCCUGCUCCAGACCUGUCCCACAGCUUUCUGAAGAGACUGGCCUGCUCCAGACCUGUCCCACAGCUUUCUGAAGAGACUGGCCUGCUCCAGACCUGUCCCACAGCUUUCUGAAGAGACUGGCCUGCUCCAGACCUGUCCCACAGCUUUCUGAAGAGACUGGCCUGCUCCAGACCUGUCCCACAGCUUUCUGAACAGAAUGGUCUGCACCAAACCUGUCCCACAGCUUUCUGAACAGAAUGGUCUGCACCAAACCUGUCCCACAGCUUUCUGAACAGAAUGGUCUGCACCAAACCUGUCCCACAGCUUUCUGAACAGAAUGGUCUGCACCAAACCUGUCCCACAGCUUUCUGAACAGAAUGGUCUGCACCAAACCUGUCCCACAGCUUUCUGAACAGAAUGGUCUGCACCAAACCUGUCCCACAGCUUUCUGAACAGAAAAUAUCUCUCACCCUCGGUCCUUCUCCCUUCAUCAAGCUCUUUCUCUCUGCAAAGAUGUCAUUUAAUCACUCACUUUUACAAGAAAUAAAAACUCCCCCUGCUGGAGUGACAAGCAAGGUUUUGAAUACUUCCUGACUUAUCUUCCUGACAAGUCAAUAUAUGAAUUGAAUACUAGAUAAUUAUCUUCCUGACAAGUCUUGGAUUUGAUUUCCUCUCCAACAUGACGACAUGGUCUGAAGUUUCCUGUUUCUGUUCUACUCUCGUGUUUUGUGGAUGAAAAGCUUCCCCCGUUAAGGUGCCCAACCACGGCUCCAUCUGAAAUCUAUCCUACUACGUAGACACUGAGUGUACAAAACAUUAGGAACACCUUCCUAAUAUUCAGUGACGCCCCCCUUUCUGCCCUCAGAACAGCCUCAAGUCAUCAGGGGUAUGGGACUCAAUUCAUCAGGGCUAUGGGACUCAAUUCAUCAGGACUAUAGGACUCACUUCAUCAGGGCUAUGGGACUCACUCAAUUCGUCAGGGGUAUGGGACUGACUCAAUUCGUCAGGGGUAUGGGACUGACUCAAUUCGUCAGGGGUAUGGGACUGACUCAAUUCGUCAGGGGUAUGGGACUGACUCAAUUCGUCAGGGGUAUGGGACUGACUCAAUUCGUCAGGGCUAUGGGACUGACUCAAUUCGUCAGGGCUAUGGGACUGACUCAAUUCGUCAGGGCUAUGGGACUGACUCAAUUCGUCAGGGCUAUGGGACUGACUCAAUUCGUCAGGGCUAUGGGACUGACUCAAUUCGUCAGGGCUAUGGGACUGACUCAAUUCGUCAGGGCUAUGGGACUGACUCAAUUCGUCAGGGGUAUGGGACUGACUCAAUUCGUCAGGGCUAUGGGACUGACUCAAUUCGUCAGGGGUAUGGGACUGACUCAAUUCGUCAGGGGUAUGGGACUGACUCAAUUCGUCAGGGGUAUGGGACUGACUCAAUUCGUCAGGGGUAUGGGACUGACUCAAUUCGUCAGGGCUAUGGGACUGACUCAAUUCGUCAGGGCUAUGGGACUGACUCAAUUCGUCAGGGCUAUGGGACUGACUCAAUUCGUCAGGGCUAUGGGACUGACUCAAUUCGUCAGGGCUAUGGGACUGACUCAAUUCGUCAGGGCUAUGGGACUGACUCAAUUCGUCAGGGCUAUGGGACUGACUCAAUUCGUCAGGGCUAUGGGACUGACUCAAUUCGUCAGGGCUAUGGGACUGACUCAAUUCG